UCUUUUCCCGAAGAUACUAACGUGGUUGGCGAAACACGUGUCGAGAGUGAGUUAAGCGUUGGUUAGUGGUAAGACUAUCUCGUAAUUUGAGUGUCAAACCAAAGGUUCCAACCAUAGGACUAUUAAAACUUCUCAGUAUUUUUUUCAAUGUCUUAAUAAACAAACAGAGCACAAUACUAAACUUUGUUUCUCUAAGACAUACAUAAAACUUCAGUAUGGAGUCAUCUGAUGAUACAAAUAUAAUUGGACCACUUUUACCAACUCAUUUAAAAAGAAGAAAUUGCCAAAUAGGUCCUGCUUUGCCUCCUCACUUAAGUAGUAAGUUGGAUUGCUCAGAAAUAAAUUAUGAAGAAGAGUGUUCAAGUAUUGGGCCACAACUUCCUCCACAUUUACAGAAGAGAAGACAUUCACAAGGGGAAAGUGAUAUUACUGAAAAGGAACUCCAUAUUGGUCCACAAUUACCUCUUCAGGCAGGGAAAAGUUCUAUAUAUGUUGGUCCUCAAUUACCUCCUCAUUUGCAAAAUAAAUCUGAAUACUUAGAAGAUAAAGAACAUAUUCAUGCAGGUCCCCAAUUACCACCACAACAGCUUCCAGAAGAAAAUUCUGGAAUCUAUGGGCCACAAUUACCCCCUCAUUUAUUAAAUAAUCUCUCAGCAAAACCCAACAGUUCUCAGGAUGAGGAUAAACCUUCCAAAACUGUUGGUCCUCAGUUACCCCCACACUUAAGAAAACAACUGGAGAUAGAAGCUGAAAACAGUCAAGAAAGUGAAGAAGUUGAUGAUUCAGCAUAUGGUCCAAUGCCUGUGGGGAUUUCAAAUAUUUCAGCUGCAGAAAUUGCGCUUGAAGAAAGAGCAAUUCAAAUGCAAAUUGAUAAGUUAACUCCUCAGAGUAAAGAGCCUGUUAGAGAAGAAUGGAUGACAGAGCUGCCUGAGGCUAGAGCAAGAAGCUUAGGAUUAGGAUCUAGACAGUUUAGGAAGAAUGCAGCUCCUGAUAUGUCUGAUAGGUCUUCUUGGACAACAGUAGCUGGUGAAAAACCAAAAGAAAAAAAGAAAGACAACCUAGAAGACUUGAGAGCAGAAGCAGAGCAGAAACAACAAGAAAAAAGAGAUAAGGAGCAAGCUUUAGAGGCAAAGAAACAUAAAAGGAAAUCAAAGAGUUUAGUGGAGAUGCACCAAGAAAAAAUUAAGAGAAAAGAUGCUGGUAUGAGCUCCAACGAGAGAAGACCAUUUAGUAGGGAUGUGGAUCUACAGGUUAACAAAUUUGAUGAUGCUCAGAAAAAAGCUAUAAUGAAGAAGGCGCAAUUAUUAGAUGAUCGAUUUUCAUCUGGAAAGUCAAAAUUUCUAUAACUUUUUUUAUUCAAAGGUACAAGUUAGUGUAAAAAUAUUAUAUUGGUAUGUAUUGCUAAAGACUGUAAACAUAAAAUGUGAAAUAAAAAAAGAAAAUAGUAAAAAAGUAAUAAAAGAAUAUAAUCUCUCUUUGUAUCAUUGAA